AUGUAUCGUUUAGACCAAGGCCAAUCAUAUUUACCUGACAAACAAACUUCACUUGAAGAUCGGUAUUAUAAUAAUCACAGUUUUCAAGAAGAAUAUCGCGUUAAUGAUCCGGAAGUAACUAAUGCAGCAACAAAAAUUCAAGCAAAUUUCCGUGGUCAUAAGGCAAGACAAAAUGUAGAAAAAAUGAAACACGAAAAUAAAGAAGUGAUUGAUGCUGAUCAACAAGAAUUAGGUUAUGGUCGUGAACAAACCGAAACACCAAAUGAAAAUGAAUAUCGAGCACCAUAUGAUGAAGAUCGUAAAUCAUCACCUUUAAUAAGUACACGUUCAGAACAACAAGAAUACAAGAAAGAUACUGUUCAUGUAGUAGCAGCAGGAGCAGAUGAAGGUGGAGAUAAAGAUGAUGAAGAAGAAGAAGAAGAAGAAGACAAAGAAGAACCACCAGAACUAUUUGAAAAAGAAGAUAGUGAAGAAGAAAGAGAAGAACAAGAAAUUGCGGCAAGAACUAUUCAGGCAGGAUUUCGUGGUUCUAAAGAUCGAAAAAGUGCUCAGCGAGAACAAGAAUCACCUGGCAGUAAAGGUGAACUUGAUCAAUUAUCUGACCGACGUCCAAAUCAGGAAUUUGAAAGUGAAAGAACACCAACACCACCAUCAACUCGUCUUAGCGAAAAACUCGAUAGUGAUCGUCAUGAUCUUGGUGGAAAUUUAACUGCAAACGAUGAAAUUGAAACUGGUGAAAACGACGAUACCAAUCGACCUCGUCUUGAACGCGAACCAACACAAUUAAGUGAAGAUUUUGAACGACAUACACAAGUUCCACGUGAUUCAGAUUUUGAUCGAGAGCUAGAACCACAUUUUAAUAACGAAGACGACGAAAUGGAUCAUUCAAAUCUUGAUAAAGCAGCAACACGUACUCAUGAACAACAUCCAUCAUCAACAUCUCCUCAUACCCACGAUGAAUAUGAUAAUGCUCAUAAUAAAAUUUUAUCAGCAUCAGCUGAAUAUAAUAGAGAAGCAGAAGUUGAAGAUGAUGAUAAUGCAGCAGCUAUUAAAAUUCAAGCUGCUUAUCGUGGAUAUCGAGUUCGAAAAGACUUGGAAAAAUAA